AUGAGCAUCAGCACGAAUGACCAUGUCGACAAACCCAAUCUGAGACUCAUUGAUAACCCAUGGUUCCAAAAAUGCCGUCCUUUCGUGGUAGGAGGUUGCUCUGGCAUGAUAUCGACGUGCAUCAUACAGCCCUUGGAUCUUCUCAAGGUACGACUACAGCUGUUCGGUGAGGGUUCCAGUGGCGGACCGAAGCCUACUCCGGUCGCAUUGGCUAGGACUAUCGUUGCUCAAGAUGGGGUUGUGGGCUUGUAUAAUGGUCUAUCUGCGGGUCUCUUGCGACAGCUUGUGUAUGGUACGGCACGUCUGGGGUUGUUCUUCACCUUUGAAGAUACGCUGAAGCAGAGGGCGGAGGCAAGUGGGACAUCGUAUGGAUUUGGACAGCGGGCUUUUGCUGGACUUGCCGCGGGAGGUUUGGCUGCUUUCAUUGGUAAUCCGGUCGAGGUGGUGCUGAUUAGGAUGCAGUCAGACACCUUGAAGCCACCGGCUCAACAGAUGAGAUAUCGGUCUGCGUUCCAUGCGCUGUCUCAGGUGGCUAGAGUUGAAGGUAUUCGAGGGCUGUGGACAGGCUCAUAUCCGACCAUCGUCAGAGCAAUGGCGACGAACUUCGGGCAGCUAGCUUUCUUUUCAGAGACAAAGAAUCAGCUAUCCCGACACACAAGUCUCUCGGAACAGAGCAAUAGUGUGAUAGCAUCUGGUGUUGCGGGGUUCUUCGCUUCGUUCUUUUCAUUACCAUUCGACUUCGUCAAGACGCGGCUUCAAAGACAGACUAAGACCGACGCUGUACAGUAUCGCGGUCUGGUUGAUUGCUUCGUGCGUGUAGCGCGACAAGAGGGACUUCUUCGAUUCUAUCGUGGAUUUGGAACCUAUCUGUUGAGGAUAGCGCCUCAUACUAUGAUCACCUUGAUUAUCGCAGAUCGUAUCAAUUCGUUGCUUCGACAGCGAGAAGACGGAAACUGA